AUGGCUUCGUUCGUUCGACACGGAAAGAAGAUCGUUGCGAUUGGGAGGAACUACGCCGCUCACGCAAAGGAACUGAACAACGCUGUGCCGAAGGAGCCUUUCUUCUUCCUCAAGCCCACGUCGAGCUACCUACCGUCCGGCGGCAAGGUCGAGAUACCGCGAGGUAUUGUGGCGCACCAUGAAGUGGAGCUCGGACUUGUGAUAGGCAGAGGAGGCAAGAACAUCCCCCAAGCGAGCGCCGAGUCGCACAUCGCAGGCUACAUAGCCUUGGCAGUGGACAUGACGGCGCGCAACCUGCAGGACAAGGUACGCAAAGCCGGCCUGCCGUGGUCUGCUGCGAAGGGGUUCGACACGUUCACACCAGUUGGUUCCUUCCUCCCGAAAACCGCGGUGAAAGACGCACACGACCUCAAACUUUCUCUCAAGAUUAAUGGCGAGACGAAGCAAGACGGUACAACCGCCGACAUGAUCUUCCGGAUACCCCGCCUGGUCGAGCAUGUUUCGUCGAUCAUGUCUCUUGAGGAAGGAGAUGUGAUCCUAACCGGGACACCCUCCGGGGUCGGACCUAUCCAGCCUGGCGACAAAAUCGAAUGUGCACUGUCCCAACCGAAUGGCGAGGAGCUGCUCAAGUUGAACUUCGAGGCUGUACAGAGAGAGGGAGGGUACAGCUUUAAGGAGGACUAG